CAACCCUAUGCCUCGGUCUUGGAUGGUAAAUGAGAUGAACUCUUCUGAUUAAAUGGGAUUUAUGCCAAUUUGUGAAAUAUAGUCUUCAUAUUUGAUAAGAAAAUAGUUUGUAAUUGACAUUGCGGCAUUUGAAGAGCUUGAAGACAUCAAAGGAAAUGACAGAAACGUAUGAUUUCCUUUUUAAAUUCUUGGUGAUUGGAAGUGCAGGAUCAGGGAAAUCCUGUCUUCUCCAUCAAUUUAUAGAAAACAAGUUCAAGCAGGACUCCAGCCACACCAUUGGGGUGGAGUUUGGCUCCCGGGUGGUGAUGGUCGCCGGUAAGACGAUCAAGCUGCAGAUCUGGGACACAGCUGGACAGGAACGAUUCCGGUCAGUGACUCGCAGUUAUUACAGAGGGGCAGCAGGGGCUCUCCUGGUUUAUGACAUCACCAGUCGGGAAACAUAUAAUGCCCUGACCAACUGGUUAACAGACGCUCGAACGCUGGCCAGUCCAAACAUCGUCAUCAUCCUGUGUGGGAACAAGAAAGACCUGGAGGCUGACAGAGAGGUCACCUUCCUUGAGGCGGCCCGCUUCGCCCAGGAGAACGAACUGAUGUUCCUGGAGACGAGUGCCCUCACCGGAGAGAAUGUGGAGGAGGCCUUCCUUAAAUGUGGUCGCACCAUCCUCAACAAGAUAGAUUCAGGUGAGUUAGACCCGGAACGGAUGGGCUCAGGGAUCCAGUAUGGUGACACAACGGUGAGGCAGCUUCGCCAGUCGCCACAGGCUGGCUCAGCACAGGGCAGAGAUCAGUGCAACUGUUAAAGGCUAAUGCUAACCUCUAAGACACACAGAACCCAUGUCUCCAGGACCCGAUGUAAAUCUAUCUUCUAACCGUCUCUGCACACUCAGGCCUUUGGAGGACUGCCCUGUGACUCUUGACCCCUGCACUUGGACUACUUCUGGAGAGACCCUGUGUAAAAAUGUGGGCUGGGUUGUCACGGAGCUAUCUGGGUUGUCACGGAGCUACUCUCCUCCAGGCCUUUCUCUCUCUGACUACUGCUCCAGUCCGUGUUGCCAGGGAAUUACAAGUGACAUCAGCAGAGAGGACUGAUCAGUCACAGAGCCAGGCCAAUGGACACACACAGGACAUUUGUUUUCAAUGUCUUUACUCAGAAGCAGCCACAGCAGCUCACAAACCUCUCACUGUUCAAACUCUGAUGGGACCGACAUGGUGUAAGGAGAACAUCAGACGUUAAUUUGUGUCCAAUCUCUAUAAAAGUUAAGCCUAUUUAUUGGUUGUGUUGAAAGCUGUAAGAUAUUGUAAAUAUAUCAAAAGGAAAUAUAACAUUUAUGUGAUAUUUGUGUACAAUGUUUUAAGAGACUGAAAAAAAGCUGGGGACUUGUGGUAGUCACCGUGUACACAUACUGUAAUGUGUGAAUGUGUGUGUGAAAAUUGUUACAACGUUAAAGCUGGAAUCCUUAUCGGUGAAACGUCUUGUUUGCUCUAUUACAACAACAAAGAAGUUACUUCAAACAAUGAACACUGUUUUUUUCCCCUCAGACAUCAUUGCAUGGCAGAGGAGGCUGGUGGGAGGAGCUGUAAGAGGAUGGGCUCAUUGUA